AUUUAAUUUAGAUGUCAGCAUAGUCAACUGUGUGGAUACAUGUGUGUGUAAAGCGAGAGGAUCGGUUUCAAAGAAGACUUGAUUAGGGGCUUGUGUUGUGUUAUAGCUGCAAAAUGGCAAAUAACUGUCCUUCAAACCAGUCAGAAAUCAAAAGCAGUGAUGAAAAGAGCAGAGCUCAAGAACUUAAGGAAGAAGGAAACAAAUUGUUUAAAGCAGGUGAUCACCAGGGUGCCAUUAUAACAUACACAAAAGCUCUAAACUUGUGUCCAGAAAAAUGCCAAGAAAGGAUAGUGUGUUUGAAAAAUAGGGCAGCAGCCUUUUUGAAACUUGGACAGUAUGAGAAUGCUGUCAAAGAUGCUAAUGCAGUUUUGGAAGAAGAACCAUCAGAUGUAAAGGCAUUGUUUCGCCGAUCUCAAGCUUAUGAAGAACUUGGAAACUUUAAUGAAGCCUUUAAAGAUGCUUUAGCUGUCCAACACUUAGAGCCAAGAAACACUGCAAUACAGCCCGUUCUAAGAAGACUGAACAUUAAAUUGCAACAAAUUGCUAAAGAACAAUCUAGCACAAUAAACAAAGUGAAACAAAUGUUGGAUAUUCUGUUGAAACCUGAAGAGAAUAUAGAGAAGAAAGUGCAGGCAACUAACAAUCUUAUUGUUCUGGCUCGGGAAAAAUCAGGAGCACAUAUUAUUGCAUGUGAAAAAGGCAUCGAAAAGCUGGUCAAUGGAUUGAAAAUAACAAAAAACCUGGAGUUGUCCAUAGCAGUAAUUAGAGUACUAGGGGAGAUCUGCCGAAAUAAUGUAGACAGAACAGCCGAGGUUAUGGAUCAGUUGGACGUUCAGUAUUUAGUAAGAUGUUUUAACACGCACUCUUCUGAGUACUUGAAUGCCGUACAAUAUCUGACACAGUUAAUACUUAACUCCUUAUCAGGAAUGGACAUUAAAGAAGGCAAAAAACCUGAUAAAAACGUUAUGAAAAGUAACCAGUCCAGGAUUGACAGUGUUAUGGUAGCCCUUGUGAAAAGCUGUGCCAGUCAUGUGAUGUCGGCAAUAGGACGAGAUUCAUUAUUAGAACUUAUCAUGAAGAAUGUGGACGUAGAUGCCCUGAAUUGGGGACAGAAAUUUAUAGAAUCUGAAGGGAUUUGGGCACUCAUGGAAAUAGCCAGUGAGCUGAAAGAAAUAAAGUAUGAGAGUAGCAUGGAUAUCACAGAUACCACUCAAGCAAACAUUUCUGUCAUUAUGGAUAGGGUGUAUUGGUGCAUGGAUCAUGAUAAAGCACGAGAAGUUUACAGAGAAAAAGUAAUGGAGUAUGUUAACAAUAAACUGAGUGGUCCUGAUAUUGAGAAUAAAGUUAGAGUGACUGCUGCAAUUACAGCUCUUCUACAGGGUCCUUUAGAUGUUGGGAAUUACUGUCUUGGGCAGCAGGGAGUUAUGGAGAUGAUGUUAGCAAUGUGCAACUCAGAGGAUGAGGUGCAGCAGGGACUUUGCAAGCUUGGGUCUCUUGGAGGAACUGAUGCAGCUAUCAGGCCUUUUUCUGAUGGUUCAACACAAAAAUUAGCAAAGUCGUGCCGAAAAUUGCUUGUUAACCCUGCCAAAGACAAAGAUUUGAGAAAGUGGGCAGCAGAGGGCCUGGCAUAUCUCACAUUAGAUGCAGAAGUGAAAGAAGCUUUAAUUGAAGACCAAGUAUCUAUUCAAGCAUUAAUUGAGCUAGCUAAGACUGGGGAUCUUUCGGUUCUUUAUGGAGUGGUGACAACUCUUGUAAACUUAACCAACAGCUAUGAGAAACAAGAAAUGAUCCCAGAAAUGAUUGAAUUAGCAAAGUUUGCGAAGCAACAUGUCCCAGAAGACCAUUCCAAAGAUUCCAAGGAAUUUGUGGAUAAACGUGUAAAGGUCCUUGUAGAGUCAGGUAUCACCAGUGCUUUAGUAGCUCUUUCAAAAACGGAAAGUAAAAGCAGCAGAGAGCUUAUUGCCAGAGUGUUCAAUGCCAUGUGUGAACAAAAAGAGCUACGAGGAACUGUUGUUCAACAAGGUGGAGCCAAGAUAUUGUUGAACUUGGCACUUGAAGGAACAGAUAAAGGUAAAAUAUUUGCUGCCCAAGCUUUAGCACGCAUAGGAAUUACAAUAAACCCUGAAGUUGCUUUUCCCGGACAGCGAGCAGCAGAAGUUGUUCGACCUUUAAUGUCUCUCCUACAUCCAGAUUGCUCUGCACUGCAGAAUUUUGAAGGUCUAAUGACAAUAACCAAUCUAGCUCAAGUAAGCCCCAGUGUUAGGAGUCGUAUUCUGAAAGAUUCAGGAUUUUCUUGGAUUGAAAACUAUAUGUAUGAAGAACAUGAGAUGCUGAAACGUGCAGCUACACAGUGUAUAGUCAACUUAGUGACGUGUGAUGAGGUUAUUAAACAUUAUGAGGGAGAUAAUGACAGGGUCAAGUACCUUGUGCUUUUGUCUGAAGAUGAUGACUUUGAAACAGCUAAAGCUGCAUCAGGGGCUCUGGCUAUGAUAACUUCAUCCAGCACAACUGCUUGUAAGAAAGUGUUAGAGGCACGAUCUUGGCAUGAGAUUUUAUGUAAACUUGUUGCUAGCCAGGAUAAAGAUUUACAGCAUCGAGGUGUGUGUAUUGUCCACAAUAUGAUUCUAGCUGACCAAGAACUCGCUGAAAAGAUUGUGGAGACUAAUUUAUUAGAGGUACUAAUGGCUAUUGUUCGACCUGAAGUUGAUGAUGUUUCAGAGAAAGUCAAGGAUUAUGCUCGUGUUGCUUUGAAAAAAGCAGAAGAUUAUAAAUUGAUUAUGUCAACUGAAAAAGUUAGAAUUUCUGAAUCAAAAGAUGAAGAAUAAAAGCCAAU